AUGUCCCGCCGCAACCCCACCCUCGGUCUUCUCAUCCCCGCCUACAUCUACCCUCGCGCCCACGAAUCUGAUCCGUAUCCAUCGCUCCGCAACUGGACCCCCCUCCUAACCCUCCUCCAAACACACCCCACCAUCCCCACAACCCUCAUCCUCAACCCCGCCUCCGGCCCCGGCCCCUCCCCACUCCCCGACGAAGUCUACGCCCACGCCAUCGCCACCCUCCGCACGACCUGCCCGCACGUCACUUUGGUCGGUUACGUCGCCACCGGGUACACGCGCGUGUCGCUUGCGAAGGCGGUGGAGGAGGUUGGGCGCUAUGCGGGGUGGCGGGUGGGGCAGGGCGUCGCGGAGGUUGGUGGUGGCGGUGAUGCUGGGCCCGGCGUGACGCAGACGCUGGCGCUGGAUGGCAUAUUCUUUGAUGAAGUGGGCAGCGAUGAGGCUGGAAAGGGGUAUUACCAUACACUUGCGGAGGAGGUUGUGAGGCAUUUCGCGGGACGGACGGUAGCGUGUACGACCCCAGUCGUGAUACAUAACCCUGGGGUGGUGCCGAGUGGGCCGUGGCCGUUCCGUCCCGCCGCUGUUACCGGAGAUGCACCCGGGUGGAAUGGGAUCGCCGAGCCGAUCGUGGUAGUGAGUGAGAGAAAAGCGGUGGAUUAUUCCCCCGUAUCACCACGAAUUGCGGCGCUCGAUGCAAAGGAAGCUGAGGGAUACCGGGUCAUGCCUGAACGAUGCGCGGUGAUCUUGAACCGGGUAGAGACGCGGAAGAUGGCGGAGGAUGUGUUGACGAGGAUCCUAAUGGACGAUCGGGUUGGGUGGGUAUGGUUUACGGAGGAUGACCAGUAA